GCAAGACACAACUCGAAAAACCGGGCGGGCGCGAGCGGGUCGAAAGGUAACAUGUUUGUGCUUUUGCCUAUGUUUGUCAUGCUUUCUUUGCUUGUCCUUGUGGAUGUGGUGUUGGUGCUCUUUUUUCAUUUUGCAUCCGUCGAUAUCAUUUCAUUGCCUUUGCGAUGUGUUUAUUUGCUUGGGCAUACUGAGUACGCUUACGUUUUCGACAAUCGAUCACAGAUCGUGCCGGCAGUGCCGCGAGAACCCCAGGAACGGGGUCGAAGCACCCCCCACCAGCGUCCACCCCCUUAGCCUCUGGCAGAAGCACGGACCACCUGCUGUCCACAGUGCCGCACGGUGUGAACGUGGGCAGCAGCGAGAAACGAACCAGAAGUACGGACUUUGGAUACGGCACGAAUCUCGGGGGAAAUGGUCCCGCAUCCUCUUCUUCGCGAAACACCGACCCGCGGGUGGGGAAGCGUGCGAAGUCUACGGACAAUAACAUGAUGACGAGCAUCUUUUUGGAAGACGGGGGAUUCAUGCAGGAUGCGUCGAAGGAAAGUUUGACAGCUGGUCCACAGCCGCAUUCAUCAUCAACGUCUUUGCAGCACCAAAACCAGCAGCAAUUCGUCCACUUGCAUGACCUCCAGAAAAACACCUCCUCCCCGGUAUUACAAGAACAAAAUAACGCAGUAGAUUGGUACAACAACCUGGGACACACGACGCAGACUCUAGGCUACGAACACGGUCGCGGAAUGAUGCAACAACAUCAGGUGCAAGGCCAGAAUCUUCAGAAUUCCCAGAUGGUUCAGAUAUCGAAGCUACAGGGGGUCAUCUCUUCCGGAACUACUUCCGGCGCAGCUUCGAAUAGUAGUUCUGCCGCAGGGAAUUUAGCGGAGUUAGGAGCAGGUGGUCAGCAUCAGCAGCAUGGAGUCCAACUGCAGCAAGGAGGUUCAUCCACGACAACCACGCCGUUCUUGCAGCAGCAACACCAUCCGAGCAGCUUACUUCCACAACCCUCGCAUCAUCAGGGUGCCAUGAGCAGCAGUGCUAGUUCCUACCAGCAUCCGCGAGGUGGAGUAGUUCAAAUGAGUAACGCGCACCAGAUGCAAGCUCAGCAAAUGCAGUUUUUGCGCCCGCCGCCGCAUAAUUUGACCAACGCGAUUCACCAGACGGCGGUUGGAGGACAACAUCAUGUGGUCACCCAAAUGCAGCAUACGACCACCGAUGGUCUAGGUCUUUCGCGCUCGAUACAUCACAUGAGCGUGGCGGCAAAUAACACAGGAACAGGGGCAGGGCCCAACACGACAACCGGUAUCAGCACCGCGGGCUCCGCCGGGUCUGGCGGCACGAAGUCUGCGAGGCCGAUGAGCCGGAGCUUGAUGGCGCGGGUCCACCAGGCGAAUGCGCAGAAUCAACAAUCCGGUUUGCAGUCGCCAAACUACAAUAGCGCACACGGUGUUGGCAGCGGGGGAGCCAUGCAAAACUACAGUCAUGUUCGGCCGCGAGUUUACGAUGCGGCGAAUGCCAUCAACGCGGCGGCGCAACAACAGAACAAUCAACAGCAGAUGCAGAACCAAGGACAGCAUGCAGCUCAGGAUGCGCAAAACAACCAAUCUAGUACCUUCGUCCCCCGAAUCAACGAGCGAAGCCGGAAAUUAGCACGCAGGCACUGGCGCAGAAAGGAGCAGAAGCAGUUUCGGGAGCUGAGCCAGGACGAUGUUUCGCACGAAGACAUUUCAGUGGAAUACAACACCGCGGGAGCAGCAGGAUCUUCUCGUAUGUACGCGAACGCGAAAAGUAUGAACAAAUACGGAAUAGGAACGAAUUCUGGUGGUGGUGGAGGACCACCGCGCAUGAACAACAAGGUAUUGCAGCGUCAACCGGAAUCUUCUACAACGCUUGAGCUCGCAGUCCGUGGUGGUGAUAGGGCGCACAGUUCCCCGCAAUUGCAGUUUUCCAACGAUAAGGUCACUGUGAAUUCCGACAUGAUCACAGUAGCUGGCGAUUUAAGCAGAUCCGCCCCAAACGGAGGAGGAGGUGGAACUACAUCAAGUAACGUCAUCGUCUCGUCUGGGGAGAACCAAAUGCUUGUCGAGAAGCAAUUGCUAGAUCGGACUCGAGGGCUGUCAGAGAUAGACCAGUUCUUGGCUAGUCCGACAGAGAUAAACAAUCAGAGGUCGAAAUCGGUCCAGGAACAGCAGCAAAGGGAAAAGUCAGUGUCUGUCAGUGUGGAUGUUGACCAUCGUGGUAGUACACAACGAAACGCAGGCAAUUGUUCCAGGGGCGGCAGUCAGGCGCAGAGUCCGGGAUUAAUGGGAAGUAAUCCGAUUUUGGACCAUAUUGUGAACAACAACAAUAAAUCCGGGACUACAGCACGGAAUUCGGAUUCACCCAAACUGAUGGCCGCAGAGCAUGAGGACAAUCAGAAUCUUCCUCACCAGCAACCGCGGAAGAACUCCACGGACCUGACCAGCCCGGAUUCGUCUCCCUCGCCAAUAUCAACUUCGCUCAUGCAACAUCAAAACCCGUUACUAGGUGCAAACGGGCAGCAGAAAACACCGACGAUUCCGCCGUUGAUCCCGCCGAUCAGGAGAUCAAACGUUUUAUCAAGUGCAAAAGUGUCUGGGUCUGGAAGCAUUUCAGAACGUAGAAAAAUCUCUCAUGCAUAGGCAGCAAAAGUUGCCCACUUUCUGUUACCAAAGUGGGGGAUUUGUCAUGCGGAUCCAUCAUUGCGAACGCUUUUCGAAACGUGUGAUGCUAGUGCUUCCAUGCCAGACCUUCUGCGUCAUGCAAAAACAGCAUGAAGAGUCAGACUCUUCCAGACCCAGACACUUUUGCAUUUGAUACGUUUCGCAAUCAGAACCGCAAGUAAUUCCGCCGGAGUUGCAGCAGCAGGGGAUGAAUUUACAAAAUUUAGACAUGACCGGAACGGCUACUAGCAGCAACGGCCAAAAUCACCAACAGUUGCUCAACACAGCACUCACUUGGCCGCAAUCGUGUAAAUCUGCACCAGGAGAUGGUGCCGGGGGACACGUUUCAUCUUCAAAUCAAAACGGCAUGAUGAAAAGGAGCCUGCUGUGUGUGGUGGAGCAAACUUCGGACUCAGAUUCAAACCGCUCGGAGUCGCCGGAGUUUUUGCGGAAGAAGCUACCGUCGGGUGUCCAUCAUCAAAACGGGAGUAGCACAGCAACUGCGGGGGAGAAUAAUUCCAUCGGGCAACAACAGUACCAGACCGUGCAAAGAGCAAACAGCUCGUCACAAGAACGUACAACAGCAGUCGGUCCGAGCUCUGUGCAACAGCAGUAUAUUCAGCACCGUGGAGGAGGAAAUACAAAUACUGCGACUGGCUCCAGUUCCUCAUCUGCCCCGCCAGGCAGUAAGCCGAUGCUCUCCAGCAUCGAUGCGGCUUUUCAGGAAAAGAGAAAGGUCAGUCACAGCAGAAACAAGAAACCUGUAUCAGGCGCAGUGCCGGCGCCAACGAACAAUUUAACAGGUUCUCUGAAAAGUAGCAGUAAGACCUCGAUGCACCAGAUGCAACAGAGCAGCACAGGCGGAGCAACUACAUCAAGUGCUCCGAUGGACACGUUUGGCUCGUACCCCGGCAUCCCCUUCAGCGGAUUGGGGUCGAGUCACAUUUCCAACCCGCGCAAUGUGAAGAUCGCGCCGCCGGAUAGUAACGCGGGAUUCGUCGGCUUAUCAUCGUCUACUUCCACGAUGCAGCAGCAGCAGUAUAAUCCGCAGGUGCUGGUCCCGACACCUGGUAGCGGCGCAGGAGGUCCGAUACGGCAGAACAGCACAGGGAACAAUGGGAAAUCGCUAGCGCAAGUGCAAGCACCAAAUGGGUAUUUGAAUCCUGCGGUGGAUUUGAACCUGAAUGACAACUUGCUCAUCUCUCCCUGUCCCCAGGAUGAAGACGUCCGCUCUAGCUGCGACUCUGUAUUACACCAGAUGCUCGGGCACAUUGGAGGGAUCAGUCCUUUCUUAGAGGCGGGACCUGGAGAUGCUGCUGGUGCCGAAGCUGAACGGGAAGAGGUUCGUGGAGAGCAAGAGCAGCGUAUCAAAAAGAAAAAAACCCCCUCCCCAUAUCGAAAACGAAACGUGUGAUGCAGUAUUUGAGUACACAGAUCGCAUUUGUCUUGCUGGAGAGGACUGCAGACCCAUAUCAAGCCUGAAUAGAGAGGCUUUGACUUAGGCGCUCAGCAUGAAAAGCGUCCGUGAUGUUGGCUCAACAGCAUGACAAACCGGCUCCAUAAUGGGACGGAAGCUGCUGCCCUUGUCUUCUUGCAACACACACGUGAUUUGUGACCUCAAAUCAGCAACACAAAUUUUCGAAAACCUACCUCUUUAAUAUGGGGAGGGGGGAUUUUUCCUUGCGAUACAGCAGUCCGAUAUUAGAGCCGCACACGUGUUUGACCGACGAGGGACAGACCAGGGCGCAGCUGGGACGAGAACGACUACUGAGGAGCAAGAGGACACAACAACUACAACAGGUCAGUUUUUGAUGAAAAAAGGCAGCAGCAAUAUGAAAGCCACCACAACCUCGCCGAGCAAAUCUUCCAAAUCACCGCAUUCAGAUAGAAACGACGCAGACGCGAACCAUUCCCCCGGCUUUCCCCAGUCGCCCAUCCCGAAGAUCGCGGCAGUGGAGGAGAAAGGAACAAUAAUGCAUCACGCGCUGCAGGAGCAAGAGGUCUCAAAGCCGCCAGCAGCUGCAGAGGGGUAUAAAACGCCCCCACCGUCCAGUGAAAAGAAGAGGAGAAAAAGCGAAGAGGUAGAAGUUCUUCAUCCGAGGUCGCCGGUUGUUGGCGCAGCUGCUCCUGCGCCCGUUGGAGCUCCAGGAGGCGCUGCCGGUUCAGAUUUGCAGGACAAGGACUUGGUCUCGCUGUCCAUGAAUAGAAGCCGGGACGAACAAGACGACGAUGCGGAGCUGUUCAAAAAGUACUACUUUAACACCUGGAACAAAGACAGUACUUCUGCGGCGAAGAAACAAGAGCUCUCUGUGUUAGAGCGAAGCAUGUCCCACGACAGCAGGAGCAGUUCGGAUGAGGGAAAAAUGCAAAAAAGUACUUCUGCGAUGCAGAAAAAUCAUGCCAGGCACAAUCCAGACAACAUGGAAUCCAGUAGUGACGACGGGUCCACCAGUCCUGAAAAUAGCAAAUCCCUCGUUCUUAUCCUGUGCAAAAGUAUCGUACUCGUAUUGAUUGCAAAUACGCAUGACAAAUCUUCUUCCGAAGGUGAAACAGCAUGACAAAUUGCAUUUUUUGUUCUACAAAAAUUUGUCAUGUAAUUCCUACUUAGUGCGAUACUUUUGCAAUGCAUAGUUGUGUCUGGCCAUGGAAGGUCGCAACCAGGUCAUCUUCAAGCGAGGGAGCAAAAAACCUCCAUGACUGCCGCCCUCUCAACAGGAGAUCUUCACGCGAGAGGACCGCCAGCGGCUCAAGCGCAAGGUCCUGGUGCGGGAGAUGAAAAUGUUAAAACCUCAACUACAUCAUCUUUCAAGCGCCGGAGACGAUCCAGGUUCUCGAAUGACCCCUUUCGUCGCUUAGGCUACGCACUUGGCCCACGUGCGGGGCAGCCGAUUGAGAAGGAGAAACUCGGACCGCGGAUUAUGGUGUCUUCUGCCAAACCGAGUCCGACGUCGCCAGAUUUUGAUGCCGGAGAAGUGAAUAAAGAUGACGGCCUUAAUUCUGGUGAUGUUUACCCCGCGAAGGGGAGUAUUUCGAAUAGUUUGAUCAAGAACCGAACCUCGAUCAUGACCUACGGGAGGACGACAACACAAACUGCACGAAUGACGUUGAGGUCAAGGGCAGCAGGAGGGGGGAGUGGUACAGCUGGUGCAGCUUUUGGGCCGGCGCCCUUUAGUGGAGGAACAAGAAGUGCCAGCAACAAUAGAACCGCAAAGAAAGUAGUAUCAGCAUCUUCACUCGUCUCAGCGAAGCGGAAUUCCAUCUCCCCGACGAAGACCGUGCAAAAAUCGUUGAAAGCCAGAACGAAUAUCGCCCGCGCAGGUGUUACAAUGUCAAGUGUAUAUAUUACAGUGAAAUCCGGAUUUUGAAGAUGUCUUGCAUAAACAGCAUAAACAGCAGAAGCAGUAUACCGAGCGUUGAGCUGUUCGCAAUACAAUCUUCGCCGGACGCCGAUUUUGCUGCGUGUUUGGGACGUUGGAAUUUGUGAUGCGAACAACUCCUGGCAGAGCACUAGACCAGGUCAUGCACUUUUUGCAUCACAAAGAAAGGUCGUCCGCAUUCAGUGUACCAGUUGAGAUUUUUACAACACCUGAGUGGGCUAUACAGAAGUCGAAGGAAAUUUUAGACUCCGCGAAGGCGUUUCUCGCAGUGCACCAUGGGGAUUUUUUAUCGCAAGAAAAAACUGUUUCACUGUAAACUUGUGAUGCAUGAAAUGGAACGCGAAUGCAUUUGUCUUGCUACACACGCAAAAAAAUAGAUUUUUAGCUGUGUUUUCCCUUAGGAAGCUUGCAUGGCAAAUUUUCUCUGUCAUGUAGAGCAAACUUGUGAAGAUGCAAAAUCUGCAAAAUCCUUACAGUGAAACACUUUUUUCGUGCGAUAUUUUUCUCUGUCGAACCUGGUGGCUACGCAUCAGAAGAGUACUAGCGCGAGUAUCCUGAAAGAAAACGACGCUGGCAGGUCAUAUUAGAAUUUGUGAUGCAAAAAUACUCAAAUACGCAACUGCAACACAGGAAACAGAUUUGACCUGCCAGCUUGUUUUUCUGGGAUAGCCAGAGGGGGAGGAGGAGGUGGGGGGCAGCAGCAGGCGUACUAUCGAUAGAACACAAGGUGGUCUUGGUAAAUUUAUUGCAGCGUGACGACCACGACAAUUAAAGAGUGAUAGUCUUUGACGAUAUAGAUUACCUAAACCGAUGAAAAGAUAAACAGGCGACAUAUGGGUUCUUGUCAUAUCAAAUCCUACAUUAAGCAAGAGGAAGCAAAGUAGCGAUGUGGUUCAAAAUCAACAGAACAUACCACAACUGGACGUAUCCAACGCACAAGUGUUCA